AUGAACAGGUCAGCUGGAGCGCACUCUGAUCGCUCCUCAAUGGACUCGCUAGGCUCGGAAGAUGAGUUCCAUUAUUACCGCCAACGGCAGCGGAAGAGACGCCGCGUGGACAGGGCACUUUACGACAAUGACGACGACGACGACGACGAUGGCGACGAUGGCGACGAGGGCGACGAUGGCGCUGAGGAUGUAAGCGCUGUAUCCACCGAAGACGGCUAUUUCGAUAGUCUGGAGGACGAGCUAGAACAGGCACUCAUCACAACUCCCGGCCCGAACCAUGUGGACCCAAUCCUUGUUCCGAGCCCUGGAUCUUCCAGCCCGCUCGAGCCGGGGCAUUCUGCGGCCGAGAACGAAGUCAUAGAGUUGGGCGAACACUCUGAGCCCGAAAGUGCUCGUGAAGCUUCAACGAUCGGUAGCAAUCCCGAGCCAACCGAAAUCCCGGAGUCCCCCGAAGCACUGGAAAUUUUAGAUCAUGGCCCUUCUCCAUCUCCUUCGCAGCCUCCUGCCCCAUCCACUCCCAUACCUCGCUCAGAGCACAAAAGGGCCUGUGAUUACAAGUGUCCCAUUUGUUUUGAACCCCCCGAAGCGGCGCUCUUUACCCCUUGUGGGCACAUCUUCUGUACCGAAUGCCUCUUUCAAAUGCUUAACAGCACACGAACCAAUCGAAAAGCUGGCCAGUGUGCCCUCUGUCGACGAGACGUCAAGCUGAAAGAAGUCAGAUUGUUGAUCUUACGAAAAAAGAGGAUACCCAAGAGUGCUUGA